CUCAGGGGCGUAAAUAGAAAAUGAGGACUCUCGGGGUGCGCGGAGCAUCGGGCACCCCUGAGGCUGGCUGAAGUACAGUGAUGGGGACUUGUUUUGAUGCUCGAAUGCCUAAGUGUUUUUGGAUGCUGCUGUGUCCGAGGACUCCAGCUGCUCUGAUGAUAGCCUAAGAAGACUGCAUGCCGUUCCCUCCCAGCAUCAAGCCAGCCCCACUCGGAACCUCGGAACCUCGUAUCUCAGUCCUUCAUGGAGACCAGCUCCCAGCAGGAAAUUGGCACCCAGAUGGUUCCUCCAUGUGAGGUUGUCUCUGGCUGUGGGCUGACUGGAGGACACCUGGUGGCCAGGCCAGCCCUUGAUCAGUCACCCAGGACGGGGCAGCAUGGUGCGGAUUCAGAGGAGGAAGCUUCUGGCGUCUUGCCUGUGCAUGGCAGCCACUGUCUUUCUGAUGGUCACGCUGCAGGUAGUGGUCGAGCUUGGAAAAUUCGAAAGGAAGAGGUUUAAAAACUCCAAUUUGCAAGACGGACGCAAAAAAGUGGAAGAGGAGCCUAAACCUCUCAAUCCCUUUCCUGAAAAGGCAGCCCUAGCCUUGGAUGUGAAGAACAGGAUGGAUGUGGGGAGCUACCCCAUUGUGCUGUGGUGGUCCCCACUGACUGGGGAGACUGGCAGGCUCGGCCAGUGUGGGCCUGAUGCCUGCUUCUUCACCAUCAACCGGACCUUCCAGCAUCAUCCUAUGACCAAGGCCUUCCUCUUCUAUGGUACUGACGUGAACAUAGACAGCUUACCUCUGCCUCGGAAAGCCUAUCAUGACUGGGCCCUUUUCCAUGAAGAGUCCCCCAAAAACAAUUAUAAGCUCUUCCACAAGCCAGUCAUCACCUUAUUCAACCACACAGCCACGUUCAGCAGACAUUCCCACUUGCCCCUGACUACCCAGUACCUGGAAGGUGUGGAAGUCCUGAAGUCACUCAGAUACCUAGUACCUUUGCAGUCUAAAAACAACCUAAGACAAAAACUUGCUCCCCUGGUAUAUGUACAGUCAGACUGUGAUCCACCAUCAGACAGGGACAGCUAUGUUCGUGAGCUGAUGGCUUACAUUGAAGUUGAUUCGUAUGGGGAGUGUUUACAAAACAAACAUCUUCCUCAGCCGCUGAAAAAUCCAGCCUCCAUGGAUGCCGAUGGCUUCUACAGGAUCAUCGCCCAGUAUAAGUUCAUCCUUGCUUUUGAGAAUGCAGUUUGUGAUGAUUACAUCACAGAGAAGUUCUGGAGACCACUGAAACUGGGGGUCGUGCCUGUGUAUUACGGAUCCCCCACCAUCGCAGACUGGCUCCCAAGUAACAGAAGUGCCAUUCUUGUUUCCGAGUUUUCUCACCCCAAAGAACUGGCCAGUUUCAUUAGACAACUGGAUUAUGAUGACAGAUUGUAUGAGGCCUACGUAGAAUGGAAGCUGAAGGGGGAGAUCUCUAACCAGCGGCUUCUGACAGCUCUCCGGGAACGGAAGUGGGGCGUGCAAGACAUUAACCAGGACAACUACAUUGAUACAUUUGAGUGUAUGGUGUGCCGCAGGGUGUGGGAAAACAGUAGGCUACAGGAGCAGAGAGGUGUGCCACACAAGAAGGCAGAAGAUUGCUUUACUCUUUGGAGAUCCCGGCAGGACCUUCUGAAGCGCUUCAGUUCUCCUUGUUUCUUCUGAAGGAUACUUUUGCUACAGGUGCUGGCCAUUGACACAUGGACUGCAGAAGAAGGUCCCCAAAUCAGAAACUUAAGAGGUCUGCCUGCUGCCUGUACGAGCAGUCCUAUAAUCCCUUCAUCAGUUCUGUUGCUAAGGACCUUGUGGUUUGUGCCAGCCCCCUUCCCUCAAGCCCACAGGCUGCCAUUAGGAAACUCAUCUUGCAUAUGCAUUUAGCCACCUCUGUCUCCAUUCUUGAUCUUGUUCUUUCUGACAUAUACUCAUGCUGGCUAAUAUAAUUUAAUUGUCCUAAUUCUUAAUGCUUGGGAUCAGAAGAAUUUCAGAUGUUGAGGUUUUCCACUUCUUAUAAUUAUUUGCAUAGCCUUUACCAGUUGAACAUUUCUAAUCCCCAAAUCCCAAACCUGAAAUGUUGUAAAAUUAGAAAGUUUGUUGCUCAAAAAGUUUCAGACUUCAGAGCAUUUUGGAUUUCAGAUCUUUAGAUCUCACAUGAGAGAUGCUCAGCUUGUAAGAUUUUUCAGGUCUCAGGUGAGGGAUGCUCAACCUAUAUGAAGACUUCAAAUAACAAUGAGGCUCAUAUCAUCGGGCAGAGUCCCCAAGGAUUACUCAACAAGACAGGAUUACUAAUUUGAUGGUAUUUAUUAUGCUGGCUGGCAACUGCCCGUUGAGAAACAGUUCUCAUAGAGUAUCCCUGACUGUUGUAUUUAAAAGUGGUGUGGUGGUGGCCUUGGCAAGUUGGAGUCAAGGGGCAUGGCAGAAAGUCACUCACACCAUGCAGACAACACUCACAUAGAGUAUUUUAUUAAGGGAAGUGAAGAAGGGACACAGAGUGUACCUCUGGAGAUAGAAGAGAGGAAGAGAGAAGAAGAGAUGGGAAAAGGGGACGAGAGAAGGUGCAGACAUGACCUUAUGGGAAGAGAGAGAGAGAGAAAGAGAAAGAAAGAAAGAGAGAGAGGGAGAGGGGUGCCUUGGCACAUGCACAAUCAGGCUAUGCAAACAGCUACCUAGGAUGUCAAGGUUCCCAAGGGUCCGGCCAGGUAAUGCUUAAAUGCUAACAUUGAUGACUUUCUGCAAGGAGCUUUUUUUCUUUUUCUUUUUGUUUUUUUCUAGACAGGGUUUUCCUGUGUAGUUUUUGGUCCUUGUUCCAGAUCUUGCUCUGUAGACCAGGCUGGCCUCAAACUCACAGAGAUCCGCCUGCCUCUGCCUCCUCAGUGCUAGGAUUAAAGGCGUGCGCCACCACCGCCCGGCUGCAGGGAGCUUUUAAAGGUAAAACCCAUAUCCUGGUUGACAGUUGCAAAUAGAAGUAGAGCAAGCAAGCUGUUUAACAGAAGUAAAAAGCGGCAGUUAGCUGAGGCAUCUUGACCGCAAGUCCCUGGGACAAGAUUGGGUAAUUUUUUUUUUUAAGGGACUCUUCCACAGGAGGGGGUUUAAGGAGGGAGUCAACUCUGGGUCAGACCUUAGAUGCUGCUGCAGAGAUAGCACGUCACCAAACACUGAAAUUUCUAGCUCCUUGAUCGUGUACUACCCAGAGUUCAGAAUUGUGAGAAACACCUAGUUUACAGUGUUCUGCUACAGCAGAAUACUUAGCGAGUACCCUAAAACGUAAGGGAGGAUAUUAAACAAGGGCUAGGUACAAGAAAUGUGACAGAACUAACUUG